AUGAGUGUGGAUUUUGUGGAGAAGUGGGGCAAGAGAAGGACAACAAAAGACGCUUCCAGUCAUUUGAAAUUCCAGGACUUCGGUCUGCCAAAAAAUAGGUCAUGGCCUCGAAUCAACAGCGCCACCGGCCAGUACCUGAAUACUGAGGAGCCUCCUCCCUGUGAAAGAAACUCUGCUGCAACGGGCCUGGAGGGAGCAAAAGACCUCAGAGAUGGCGACUAUGAAGACCCAGAACUUCGUAUGGAAGAGGCAUGGCGAACGAUAAAAAUUUUACCAGCCAGGCCUAUAAAGGAAUCUGAAUAUGCAGAUACGCGCUAUUUCAAGGAUAUGAUGGACACUCCCUUUUCCUUGGACGCCCAGCCCUCCGUCCCCAUGGAGGGCCAACACUGGCACACACGGAUGGGGCUGGAAGAAGUGAACAAGCAAAUUUCCAAGGAUUCCAGAAGCCAACACGUUAAAGGAGACAGACCCGCAAAGGAAAGCAAGACUCCUUUCCCACCUCCUCGGCCACCUGGCAUUCUUCCGAAGAAGUACCAGCCCCUGCCACCCCAGCCGGAGAGCAGCUGGUCACCCCUCCCUCAGAGGCUCGCCUUUCCCGAUGUCCAGAGAGAACCCAGACAGAUAAGCUUAAAGGACUUACAUGAGGUCCUCGGAACAGAGAGAGUCCCUCAUUGCCAGAUGAAGCCUGAAUCGAUUCACCUGUCACAAAAUCAAAGUACUCAAGAGACUCCUCUUGCCAUCACCAGCUCACCACUCGUGAUGAAAAACCAAAGUGCACAAAACAGAGAUCAUAAACACAGCACCCAGUUCCAUCCUCCCCAGAGAUGUCAGUCUCCAGCCCGCUAUGGCCCUCAGGAAACUUUGCCGCACUGUAAAAACACAGGCUGGAGAAAACCUUUCCCCACAAGUUCUGAUGAAAAGGAUGUCCCGCAAAACAACUGGUACGUUGGAGAGCACAGUCGCCAGGCAGCGGAAGAGGCAUUAAGGAGGGAAAACAAGGAUGGCACUUUCUUGGUCCGAGACUGUUCCACGAAAUCCAGGGCAGAACCCUACGUUUUGGUGGUGUUUUAUGGGAACAGAGUCUACAACGUGAAAAUCCGUUUCCUGGAGAAGAAUCAGCAGUUUGCCCUGGGGACAGGACUCAGGGGAGACGAGAAAUUUAAUUCGGUGGAAGACAUGAUCGAACACUACAAGUAUUUUCCCAUCGUACUAAUUGACGGGAAAGAUAAAACUGGAAUCCGCAGGGUACAAUGCUACCUAACACAGCCGCUCUCCUUCAGCAGAUGCUUCUCGCCGUGGUAG